UGUUUCAUCCCAAUUGAAUAUAUUUUUGCCGUUUCUUGCCGCUCUAAUAUCAUUUGAGAAUUAAGUUUCUUUUUCUCCCUUCUGGCUAUUUAUCCUCGAGUCGGAUUGAUAGAGGCGUGGAAGUCGAGCUAAAUUAAAGCUGACAUUCAUAACCAAGCUUGCAACAACAAAUGUUUUAGUCAGUUUGGCUUGGUCUUCUCUUCAGAGCUGCCUCUAAUUUCUUCCACCAAAUCCCCUACUUGCUCCUUUUCCCAAUGGUCACUUUUGGUUUCUUGAAUACUACUAACUCGUUUCCUUUUUUGUUCUCGGAGGGUUUGACUACUUUGGUUUCUCAUUCUUAGGCUCCCUUGGUCCUUUCUUUCCACGAAUCUCUUUGUUUCAUAAUUUUUUCUUACUGAUACGUACAGCAGUAAAUUACCUGUGGUGUUCUUGUCUCCCAACCCCCCCGAUCCCAUGGGUAGGAACAAUGAAGGAGAGGUUCUUUACAGUGCAGGAUCUAAAGGCAGGAUGGAAGGUCAAAAGAAAAAAUCUCUUCUUGCAUCUAUAACCAAACCUGGAGUCAAAAAUAGCAGACCAAGCAGUAUGGUUGUGAAGAAAGCACAUACCGUAGUUCCUGCACAUAUCUUGGCAGAAGCCAUAUCGACAAUUCAUGGUCUUGACCUCAGAUGGUCAGGUCCGAUAACUACAACAGAAAUGCAAUAUGUUGAGCAGUAUGUCUUGGCGAAAUACCCCCAAUAUGCUGGCUUUAUCGGAGAGAAGGUUGAUCUAUCUACUCUUUGUAUCAACGAGGAGAUUUCAGAGCCUUCACCUGACGACAAGAAUAAAUCACCAAUGGCUAGUCCGAGAGAGGUCUCCACACCAUCCUUGGGAAGCAAUCACCCUGACUUGGAUAGAAACCAGUUAGAGCCAUCAAGACUGCUUGAUAUUCUCACAGAGAAAUCCUCAUUUCCAGGGAGUUUCGUAUCAAUACCUGAGAUUCAAGCCCAGCACAAAGUUAUGAGGUACUGUGGAUUACUCGAUAAUGAGUAUCUUGUCCUAUUCACUCAAAACUACAAAGAUGCAAUGAUGUUAGUAGGGGAGAGCUACCCUUUCUUCAGAGGGAAAUUCUACAUGACUGCUAUUGGGGAAGAAAUGGAUUAUGUAAAGGAAUUUGCCAGUUACAAGGAAUCAAAAGUGAUCCCGACACCAGAAACUUGGUUGGAUUUGAGAAUCAAGGGAUCACAGCUCAGCCAGUAUUUUAGAAGGAAGUGUAAGCACAGCCCUAAGGGGCUAUUCUCAUACCCAGCUGAUGUGCACGGAACUCGUUAUUCGAUGCAUUGGGUAUCAGAAGCCCAUCGGAACUCAUGGCAUGUUCUGCUAGACGCAACUGCACUUGUUGUGGGAAAGGAUAGGUUGAAUCUUGCACUUCACAGGCCUGACUUUGUGCUGUGCAGCCCUGACAAUACCCCUACUAAUCUUUCAACAAUCACGUGCCUUCUUGUUAGGAAGAGAUCUUUUGAUACAAUAACAGCUUCUUCUUAGCUUGAAGAUUAAGAAGAGGUUUUUGUUUGUGAUUUUUGAGCAUGCUUAGACCGGUUAAUUAAGCAAAGUCAAUACAUGUUUUCACCUUGGUGUCUGAAAUCGGUAAUCUGAUUUCGUUAAUUAUAACCUGCCAUUGAAUUAUCCUUCACUCUACGAAUAAUCCUAGAUAUCAUUGAAUAACCUUCACUCUUCGGAGGCGGAAGCAUCUG